GGGAGGGGGAGGCGGUUGGGCAGGGUUCGUCGUUGUUUCUAGUUGUUGCUGUUUGUUGUUAGUCUUAGGUUAGGUUUAGGUUAGGGUUCAAGUCUGUAACUGGAGUACAGCCACGAGCCUGUGGAUCAUGCUGCGCAGGCUCCGAGCCCUCCUGGCUAGGCGGUCCAGCCGAGUGGCCCCCCUGGCCGCCCCAGGGGAGUCUGCAGCCUCCAGGCCAGCUGCCCCCCGGAGGUGGUGGGUCCUGUGCGGCCGCACCAACCGGGUGGGCCCUGCUCCUUCGCUGCCACUGGUUGGGGGCUGCAGCCGGCCAGAGCCAGCCGAGCCCCCUGUUGAGGAUGCUGGAGCUCCAACACCCAGCAGCCUCAUCAAGGCCAGGCUCCGCCUUGUGGAUAAGGCCAGACCGGAAAGUGAAGAAGAAGGGAAGGACCGGAGGGACCGGGUCACGUUCCUGAAGACCCUGAUCGAGGCCUGCAGGAACAGCCUCCAGAGAGGGGAACGCCGCCUUGCCUUCUCAAAGGGUUUGGCAGCCCAGGCCGUGCUGGAGGAGAUGGAGUAUACCUGGGAGGACCCCCUGCCUCCCUACCUCUUCUCCCUCUGCGCGGAGGCUCUCACCUUGCUGAGUCGGAUGAAGCCCUGCUUCUGCCAGAGCAGGGAACAUAAAAUCAUCUCCGGCUGCCUGUUCUGGAUGAGCGUGAUGCCAGAGCAAGGGCCACAGCAAGACCAGGAGGACCUGUUUCUGCCACCUGAGGAGGCCCUGCAGGACCUGCUCAGAGCCCUCCUUUCUCAAAGGCCCAGCCUGGAGCACCUCAUCCAUAUCACUGAGGCCAUUAAUAGUGAGGUGGAGACCAAAGACGAGCAGGAGGAGGCGGUGGCAGAAAGGGCUGGCUGUUUGCUGCUUGAUCUGGCGACUGGGCCGCCCUUCUACUUUGAGGCAGAGAAGAUUAAGCCCCUGCUGCCCUUUGCGGUUCUUCAGGUGUGGAGGAUGGCAGCCCAGGCCAAAGACCAAGACAGCACUUCAUCUAGUGAAGAGGACCUGCUCCAAGAUGUUGAGUUCUGGGAUGACUGAGGGCAAUCAGCUCAUGGACACUGGACAAGCUUGUGGCCAAAAUCAGGUGGGGAUGCCAUUUCUCUUGCUCCCUUUGGGAACGCCAGCCCAGAAUCUGCCGCCAUUUCUCAGGGAUGGGGAGGUUCCUCUGCCCUUUUCCCAAGCCCUGCUCUCAUUGCAGAUGCUCCAGGGCCUCUGUAUGGAAGAGAAAGAGGGAGGAGCUGGAGGAGCUUACUCCCCUCCUGACCUCUCUGGCCCAGAGCCCUUGCCAUCAACAUAGAGGAUUCCCUCUAAGAAUUUCUUUGCCUGAUAAGGCAAGGGCAUGUGCUGUUGAGACCGUGACCUCGUUCCCACAGCUGGCCCCCACGGAUUCAUCCACACAGCGUCAUCUCAUCUUCUUUCCCAACCCAUGGACUUCUUCCUGGCGAGGAAUGUGGUUUUUACUUCCAUCCAUGUUGUUGGUUAGAGGAAGUUACAGCCCUACAUUCAAGAACGGGAAACAAGAAGUGCCCGAGAAACAGCCCACACGGUCCAUAGAAGGGAGAGAGAAAUCUAAGCAAGCAAAAAUCCAAAAAUAUUCUAAAAAACAGGAAUGAGUAAGUCUUUUCAGUUCCUUUAGAACCUCGAAUACAUUUGUUCCUCUGGCAGACAUCUCACCAGGGAGAACUAUUUCUGACUCUAUCCCUAAAUUAGGUUCUGUAACUGAGAGAAUGGAAGCACCAAAUAAUAAUGCUGAGAUCGGGAUAUCCUUGCCCACAGCAAACAAUUCUCAAGCACAAGUAGGAGGCUCUCUAGAGGCUUUGUUUAACAAUGCAGAUUCAUCGUCUAUCUUGAGGGACUCUCCAGAUCCUUCUGGAUUAGAUACUGCUACAAAUGAGGUUUAUGACCAAGUUAGAUCUGCUUUUUCAGGUUCAUCUGCCUCCUUCUGCCUCUUGACAGCUGAAACAGUGAUAAUCAUCAGUCAGGUUUCUAAUCAAUCGGAAACAAUAUAAAGGAUUUGAAAGGAUCAAGGGAGAGAGGGAAGCACCAAAUGAUCCUACUGAUUUUAUUUUAAAACCAUCAUACUUGCUGCAGGGGGGAAGAGAUUUCUCCCUUAAAACCACCGGUGUCGAAAAACCAGAGAAAUGAUAGAAACAUUCUUCAACAGUGAUGCUAAAGGAGGAAUUGACACAAUUCUCUGAAGCAAGACCCCAAGUUAGAUCUGCAUUUUCAGGUUCAUCUGCCUCCUUCUGCCUCUUGACAGCUGAAACAGUGAUAAUCAUCAGUCAGGUUUCUAAUCAAUCGGAAACAAUUUAAAGGAUUUGAAAGGAUCAAGGGAGAGAGGGAAGCACCAAAUGAUCCUACUGAUUUUAUUUUAAAACCAUCAUACUUGCUGCAGGGGGGAAGAGAUUUCUCCCUUAAAACCCCCGGUGUCGAAAAACCAGAGAAAUGAUAGAAACAUUCUUCAACAGUGAUGCUAAAGGAGGAAUUGACACAAUUCUCUGAAGCAAGACCGCAAGUCAAUUUCUUAGAUCUAAAGUCUCAUCGGCCAUAGGUGGACAGAAUUUUCAAAAUUGGGAUCAUCUGGAUCCCAUCCAUGAACAUCACAAAGUGAUCCUUGACCCGGAGUUUAUGAAACAGGCAACAUGACUACUGCUUGAAAAGGAUUGUGAGGCCCCUGCUUUUAGGCUGAUUGAAUGUGAAGAAGCUCUACGGAGUAAUGAAGUGAAACAGGUUAAAUCAGAAGGUCACCCUGUGGUUGAAAUUGGUGACCAAAAUGUGUGUCUUCUUGACUCAUUUACAGUGGGUAUUGGAAAGAAUCACCCCCUUUGAUAGACCUUAAAUUCUGGUUCCCUUACAUCCUGAAAUGAAAACACAAAGAAAAUUCCCUUCACCAGCUGUACUUAUCCAAUGCAACCUAUAACAUCCAACUGAAAAACAUCACAAUUACAGUCCAGAAAAAGUGUCAGAAAUAAAAAACAAGAAUUACUGAGAUUGAAAAAGGAUCACCCCCCCCCCAAUGUCAAUAUUUUGCUGAACCACCUUUUGCUUUAAUAACAGCCUUGAGUCUGUUGGGAUACUUCUCUAUCAACCUUGCACAUCUAGACGGAGCAAUAUUUGCCCACUCCUCCAUACAGAACUGUUCAAGUUCGGUCACAUUGGAUGGUAGGUGUUGGUGGACUGCUAUCUUCAAAUCUCUCCACAGAUUUUCUAUGGGAUUUAGGUCUGGGCUCUGACUGGGCCACAUGAGGACGUUCACUUUCUUCUCCUACAGCCACUGUGUGGUCAAUUUUGCUGUGUGCUUCGGAUCGUUGUCAUGUUGAAAGGUGAAUCUUCUGCCCAUCCUCAACUGUCUGGCAGAGGGUAGCAGGUUUUCUUCCAGAAUCUGACAGUAUUUUGCCCCAUCCAUUUUUCCUUCUACCCUAACGAGAGCCCCAGUCCCUGAGGCAGAGAAACACCCCCACAACAGGAUGCUGCCACCUCCAUGCUUCACUGUAGGUAUGGUGUGUUGUGGAUGGUGAGCUGCGUUGGAUUUACACCAGUGGUACUGUCAGUUGAGGCCAAAUAGUUCAAUCUUGGUCUCAUCUGACCAUAAGACCUUUUUCCAUUUGGCAUCAGAAUCUUCAAGGUGCCUUCUGGCAAAGCUCAAACGAGCUUUAAUGUGGCCUUUCUUGAGAACUGGCUUUCUCCUUGAGACCCUCCCGAACAAGCCACAUUUUUUCCACAUGUUCACUGAACCCUUUAAGUUCAACACCAUUGGAAAGACAGCAUUUGUGGUCUCAACCUUCGUUUGAGGCAAUGGAGGUGAUUCUGUUGGAUUGAAUGGACUCCCUCUGUCAAUUACAAGUUCAGAAGAACCAGCACCCAAUAGAGAAGGAACUGCAAUUCAUCAUUUGGACGUAAUUAAGUGACAUGUAACAUCUGUGAGAUCUGAAAGGCUUUUGUCUUUGAUAACAUGGAGUAUGGCUGGUUGGAGGUCUAAGAUUAAGGAUGUCUCCUUGAUGGAAUCGAUUUCAGAUUCUGAUUUUGUGAUGCUCCAGGGAACAUGGUUGGAUGAAGAGCUUAGUCUAGAGGGUGUUCUCUCUCUCUCUCUCCCUGAAUGCUGUUCCAGGCGUAGGGAGAGGAAGAUGAUGUGGUGGGUGAAGCUGGUUGGUCUCCACUGCUCUUCAAGCAACAUUUGCUCUUAGCAAAAAUAUGUCAUUUGUCCCUACAAUCAGACUCUGUGCCAGAGGACUGGGAAGUAGUUAACAAAAAAGGACCCGGUGGCGGGGGGACCCGGAAAACUACAGGCCGGUUAGCUUAACUUCUGUGUUGGGUAAAUUGAUGGAAAGCAGGCUUAAGAGCAAAACUGGUUAAGCACCUAGAAGAACAGGCCUUGCUGAACCAGCCUGGCUUCUGCAAGGGCAAGUCUUGCCUCACUAACGUUUUGGAGCUAUUUGAGAGUGUCAACAGCAUGUGGAUAAAGGUGAUCUGGUUGACAUAAUGUACUGGGGCUUAGCGGUCAUGGGAUAAGGGGAAAGGUUCAUGUGUGGAUUGGUAACUGGUAGGGCUGGGAAAGACCCCUGUCUGAAAACCUUGGAGAAGCCACUGCCAGUCAGUGUAGACAAUACUGAGCGAGAUGGACCAAGGGUCUGACUCCGUGUACGCCAGCUUCCUAUGUUCCUAUGACACUUAAGCCUGGUUUUAAUCAGUUACUGUUGUGUAAACCUACAGUCCCUUGAACACACCCUGGCAAAUGAGUGUCAUCUUUUCCAGUCUCUUCUCUGACUCU